UGCACUGCGCAUCCAUUGCGCAUCUGCAAACUCGCGUCGCUUCUUCCCCCCGCUUUAUAAGGUUGUGUGCUAUAUGUUUAGGCGGAAAUGGGAGCGGGUGUCCUAGCAACAGCCUCUCUCUAGCUGGAGUCUGCAAAGUCUCGUUAUAAAGCAGCAGUGGCAAGAGGGAGGCAGGAUGGCGGUCGGUGCUGGUGGUGCGCCAUGGUGAAGGCAGCGGGGACGCACGGUGCGCAAAAGGCGCGGGCACCCUUUUUUCGGUUUGCGCUUUCUCCCGCGGCUUCAGGAUUUGCAUUAAGCCAGUGCAUCUAAGCAGAAGGGCUCGCUCGCUCGCUCGUGUGUGUCUAGCUGUGCAUGCACGAAGAGGCAGGAAGGACUUUUGGGUGCAAAGGGGCUCGGUUUGGGUGGCUGGGGAGACCCGACGUGCUCGAGGCGAAGGAUGCUCGAAUCCAUCCGUGUCACUGAAAAGCUUCACUGGCCAGAGCAAGAGCUCUCAAAAAAGACAGUCUUGAGUCCGGACGAGUACAAUUUCUUUCCUAAGAAUGAAAGCAGCAGCAUUCGGCGCCUGUCCCAGUCAGGAAUCCUCAAGGACACAUUCACCACGGGGACCAGCAGCUACAACGUCCUUCUGCAGAGCAAAGAGGAAAAGAAGCACCUUCUCCAAAAGCACCCCUUGGCCCACCACAAGAGGCACCGGAAGCCGGCCAAGCCCCCUAAUGCUUCGCGGGGCAGCGAGCGCCAGAAGAUCAAGGCCCCGCCACCUUUGCCCCGGAGCGGGUGGUGCGGCCUCAGCCGGCAGCCCUCCCUCUUCAUCACAAGCCCAAUACCCAGCGGCAUCAAGUUGGCACGCAGUAUUUCCGUAACAGGGAGCAGCAUUGGCUUGCCCAAGACCAAGGCGAAAAGGCAUUCCUUCUCCAGCCUCGCCAAGCCAAAGCCGCUGCAGAGAUCCAAGAGCUAUUUAAAAGAGGGAGACGCUGCUGGGCGGAAGUUCUGUAUCCUCACUGCCAUCAAGCCUUCCAACGUGGAGAAGGAGAAGAUGAAGUUCUUCAAGUCGGACUUCACCUACAACCCGCAGUUUGAAUAUGCAAGCUCUGCGUUGUCCAGCGUGAUAGCAAAGCACAGCCAGGCGUCCAGCACAUUUCUCAAGCAGGCCAUCAAAAUCAUGGAACUGACUUUGCAAAAAUAUGGAAGCUACGAAAAUUUUGAGCAAGCCACCGGAGGCAGCCUCCUGCCCAGAAGUCGUAUCUGGAACCAUGUCAGGAAAUACAUGAUGAAAGAAGGCUGCCUAGGCGAGAUUGUGGUCCAUCUCUCCGAAGACUUGCUUUCUCGAGCCUCGAUGACGGUGGUGAACGGCCGCCCAACUCUUACCAUCAAUAUUGCCACGGCACGUGAGCAUUGGCUGGAAGGAAUGCUGAGGCACGAAAUAGGAACUCAUUAUCUGAGAGGCAUUAAUAACAACAGCCAGCUGUGGAGCACCUGGAAUGGGCGAAGAAAACAUGGCCUCAAACCCAUCAACCCCACAGAGGAAGGCCUGGCAAGUAUCCACAGUGUUCUCUUUCGGAAAGAUCCCUUCCUGUGGAGGGCGGCACUUCUGUAUUACACGGUCUACCAAGCGAGCCAAAUGUCCUUCCAAGAGCUCUUUCAGGACAUUGGGAAGUUUGUCACAGACCCCAACACUAGAUGGGACUAUUGUGUUCGAGCCAAGAGAGGCUGGACCGAUACGUCUAUUCCAGGUUGCUUCAGUAAAGACCAGGUCUACUUGGAUGGCAUCCUCCGGAUUCUGAGAUACCGACAUACCAUCGACUUCUGCUUGCUGACUGCUCUUGGAAAGGUCUCCUAUGAGGAUGUGGAUCGCCUGAAGGAUUUAGGAAUGAUUGAGAACAUGAGGGUGCCACACUUCUUGCAAGACCACGCGAGGUACAUGGAACACCUGGAGAAGAUCAUGGAAGUCAACGAGCUGUCUGACACGGAGCUUAGGCUUCUUCUGCCCUAAACCGCCACUCUUUUUUUGCUUGACGCCUGCGUCAUUUAUACCAGACUGGAACGCAGUGAGUCCUGACUCACAGAAGUGGAAUAACUAACCUUAUUUUUGAUGCCUGGCAAAAAUCUAUAUUCUUUCAACCUGCUUCUCUGGUGGUGGUAGGUUUUUUUCAGGGGGUAAAAUGCGCAGGUGCAGUCCAGAAGUUGUUUACGUUCAAAGGAAAAAAUAUGCUCCUUUCCACCCCAUUCUCAAGAUAUAUGAAAGAUUUUGUAAAUUUUUGAGAUUAAAUUAUAGCUGGAACUCGCGGAUUAAAUUAUAGCUGGAAACAUCCUUUAUGAAAUUCUUUGUGUAGAUUCUUUCACUGUGGCAUUUGCCAGUUCUACAGGCUUUUGAAUGAUUUCCUUCCUAGCAUAUUAUUAUUUGCAACAUAAUACUUAAAUGUUUUAGAAUGUAGCAUUUUCUAAUUUGUUGACCCCAUUCCCUUGUUGGUUGGUUUCCGGGUCGCGCAGUAUUAUAGCUAAGCGGUUUUCUAAGGGUUAAGUAAUUUGCAUAUAUACUUUACUAUGCCAACUGUUCUUUGAACUCAUCUUCCAUGUUUCUGGCAUCUUCUGCUGGAGAAAUACACAUGUGUAUUUCUCAGUUCUAAUGUAGAAAAGUUGACUACAUUUCCGUUAGGCUCCAUUCAUGUGUUAGCUAAGAUUCUUCAUCAAUGAUCCCCUAAUAAAGGGGCUUUUAGAUGUGGGGUCAGCCUCUUCCCACCCUGAUUCUGUGUCAAAACUGACACAUCAUGACUCCCAGUGUGUUGUUGUUUCUGAGGAGCGGUGCCUACCUACAAUGUGAUCUGACUUUCAGGGCUCAAGGAAAUCUGUGCUUCUUAGCUGUGGCAAUUGGAAGACUGCCUUGGAAAACCAGGACACUCCAGGCAGCCUGGCUCCAUGGGAUGCAACUCUGGCCAUAGUUUAUAAUCUUUAAUCUGCAUGCAUACCCUUCAAAGGUCUGGUUGGGAUCCGUUGGAACAUUACAAACGUAGGUGGUGCAAAGAUUAGGUUGUGGUGAAAGUUCACAGGGCAGUUGCAAUAGUAUAGUCCUGUUGACAUCAAUGAUUUCCCCCCCAAUAUGCAUUUCAAUAACGGUGGAGUAUAUGUGAAGUGGUAAAAGGUGCUUUCUCCCAUUGUUCAUAAUACUCCAUUAGAGAGCUCCGUAAGAGGAUUUCUCACAUAUUUCGACACUUUUUUUUUUGAGCGUGCAUCAAGAGGAAAUCAGGAAGGAGAGUGUUUGGAAUUGGAAUUUCAUACAGUAAGAUGCAGGUAUCACAGAUCGUUAUAAUUCUGCGGAGCAAAAUAUCCAUUUUCUGUAUUGUGAAAAUGCUUCAUUAAUCCAUAUAGGAAACGUGCAGAUAUAUAAAGAUAUGUAAUUCAUAGAAUCAUAGAGUUGGAAUAGACCACAAGGGCCAUCGAGUCCAGCCCCCUAAUAUAUGGCCCUUAUAUAUAUAAUGCUUUUCUCAAUGCAGAUAUAAAUUCAUCGGCAGUGGCACAACCUUCCUUAGCAACUAGUUUUCUACCUGCCAGGUACAAUUGCUGGUUUCAUCAGUUUAGUACCUCCUAGGUGCAGGCCCCAACUCCACCUAUUUUGCCUUUACACCAUCACUCCCUCACCCUUUAAAAAAACCAAAAACUGGCUCCUUUCCAUUGUUUCCUGACCAUUCUAUUGCCCUUUAGUAAGACCUGCCUCUGUGAAGCUUCUGUUCAUGUUGCUGAUGCUGGAUGAAGGCAUAUCCUCAUGCAGAACCAACAGCUGGAGUGGCCGGGGGCAGGGGCAGGAAGCAACAGAAGUGCUCAGGAUCCAUCUACAAGCACCAUAAAGGCAGAACACAUUUCUCUUGUGUAUGUCCAGAUCGCUCAACUACCACAAUGUCGUUUCUGUUUCUAAAAAAGAGGUUUUCAAAAUAUGAAGAACCCCAGAAGAAUACACUAGGAUAGAAUCUCCAUAUCCUUCCACUCUUCUACAGAGUUGCUUGCAAUUUUUUUUUUAAAAAAAGAGCCUGGAACUCAGAUGCAAUAAUGGCAUAAUCACCCACCAUGAAUUCAAGCGCUGUGAAGACCACUCCUGUUUUAAAGUUAUAAAUAUUGGCUUAUAAUAGCCUGUCAUGAAAAUCUCAUUUAUCAUGGGCAAUGGAAAGAAAUGAAUAUUUUCCAAUUUAAUAAUAUACGUUGAGCUAGAUGCCUGGACGUAGUGUUCUGCAAUGGGGUGAUGAAGUACAAUUUUUAACCAAAAUAUUUUACAAAACAUGGGCCAAGAACACAUAUGACAGCCUCAAUUUUCUAUUGUUAGUACAGUUUCUGUAUUUCAUUCAUUGAAUUCAAGAGACUCCUCUUGCUGUAAGUGCAUCUAACUCAUACAGACUCUUUUGAACAAAUUCCUAUUCCCCACAGAUGUUAGCUUUCAUGUCUUUGUAAAUCAGCUCCAUAACUUAGUGGAUGUCACAUGGCUAUGCGAUUAACACAAGUUAACACAUCAGCAACCUUAUACAUGUAUUAAUCAAAGGAACAGAGCUUAAAUAAGCUUAGUAUAAGCCUCCACAUUAGUAUUUACUGGGUUUUUAUAGCCAUGUGGGCAAUAGGUUGCAGGAUAUUGUACCAGAAGUUACUGCAGCACAGAGCAUUAGUAACUUCAUUGUAUGCCGGGGUAACAACUUGAAUGAUAACGCGUUUAGCGCAUUAGCGGUUUGUACACUCCUGCCGCCUUGGAUGUUUACCAAAUACGUUGAUGUAUAAUUUUAAUACAAAAGCCUUUGUCUCAAGAAGAUUGCUGAGUACUGUAAAUAGCCGCAACAUUAAUUAUCUGUAUUUCAACUAGCACAAUGGUUCCUGUAUACUAUUUGUAUCUACCUAAACCUUAGCUACACGAGGUGGAUUCACACAUUCAUGCGCUGUACCUGAUCUGUGGUCUUUUCCGUAGCAUAGUUGCUGUUAACUUUAUUUAUCUAAACAAUUAUGUACUGCCCCUCAUUUUAAAAAAUCAAGAGAUGUUUACAACAAUUAAUUGCACAUGUGGCAAUGUGUUGCUGUUUAUGGCACAGGCAGAAAUCAUCCUCAUAAGACAAACAGAAUAACUACAGUACAUAAAGGUACAAACCCUGUGUUCUGUCAAUGCAGUCAUCUUAUUUGCAGUCGACAGCGGGCCUUACCAAAAAUUGCUAGUGCCAUUUAAAUGCUUACCAUUCACUUCACAUUAUUCCUAACGUGUUACGAUUAGUUCAGUGCAAGUCACAAUUCUUGAAGUCAGCAAAUCACUUGCCCAGCAAAAAAAACACCCCCACCUCAGGCGAUUUUUCCAGCACCAAUGUUGUUAUAUAAAGUGUUGUAGAUUUGUAACGGUGCUUUUGUAAACCUUUUGGGAUUUUUAAAAAUUGUGACAACCUGUUGUUAAGUUCCAAAAUAAAUAAGGGUUGUAUGUGUACGGGUCUCA